UCCAAAAAGGUCGGCUGGGAAUACGACUUGCGCUCAUCCAGAUGCUGGCCUAUGCAGAGUCUCUUUCGUCUGUUCCAGCCGAAGAGAAUUAAUACGCGACUGUUUUCGACUACGCUCGUGAAUGCCCGGAAACCCAUCUACUUUACCCCUCGAGCCAUCAAUAAUGACAUACUGGCGCUCUCGCGAAAAUCGGGCGAGCUCUCUCGCGAUCCAAUAUGGGUUCUGGCCAACAGGAUGCUGAGGCUGAAGAAGCAGGAGGCAUUGUCGCAGGCGCUGGACGAAUGCGGUGUGUCUCGCGAGGAAUUCGAGCGAUGGAUAGGAGCCGUCCGGGCGUACGACUUCGACAGUGCUAUGGACGUGCUGAGAGCGAAGGGCUUCGCGCUUACUCCCGCAGGAAAGAUCAGCAGGCACUUGCCCUUGUGGCUCGUGAUCCACUUAUUAUCCACCAAAAUGAAGACAGCUUCCCAAGCCCGACUAGCUCUUCCAUUGGCCGUCUCUCAUAUGCCUGUUACUCCGAUGCAUCUGCAGGCACCCAUUCUGAUACUGGCGGCUUACGCAUUGGGCCAGCAUAACCUGCCUCCUUUGAUGAAUCCUCUGGUCACUAGGUUCUUGGAAACACCAAUGGAAGGUCGGACUCGUGCACUGUACUACAACCACCUACUCCAGGCCAUUUCCCGUCUACCUUCGUCUUGGGAAUCCAGCCGCUUGGCUGUAUCUGUGCUCCACGCGAUGUCGGCUCGCCAAAUACGGCUAUGGCCUCGUACAUACAAGUAUCUCCUAUCAGACCAAUUCGUCACCCUUGACUUAGCGAAGAUGCUCCGGGAUAGAAUGCGGCAGGAGGGCGUAAAGCCCAUCCUAGCUCACCUGGAAGCCUUCCUCAAAGUCUUCUCAAGAGCGGGUAUGCACCAUGAAGCCGGCACGUAUCUAGACGCCAUCCGCGAAAUGUCUCUACAAAAAGGCUUUGAGAUCGUGCCCUACGGGACCUAUCCCACACGGGAGCCCGACCAGCCUGCUGCCUCCGUCACCCGGCACAACACCGCGUAUUUGCGCUCCUUCCGCGACGAAGAAUCGGUCAAUAGGUACCUCGCCCGCCUCGCCAACCUCGAGCAGUCCAAGCCCGGCAAGGACGACCGCAGCCUCCGGCGGCUGGGGACGCUCCGCCGGCGCCGUCUCGCGACGCUGCGCAAGCGCCGGCUCGACAUCUCUGACUGGACCACCAUUCUCUCCAUCGCGGUGCGCAACCCGCAGACAGACCUCAAGAAGCUCUGGGACUUCUUCGCAGGCCCGAAGGCCCGCGUCCGCCCGACGACCGCGACGUUCACGCUGUUCAUGAAAGCGUUCCACGACCGCCGGGACUACGUCGCCGCUAGCCUUGUGUGGUACGAGAUGCGCCGGCGGAAGCUGCAGCUGGACCGCAAGGCGCUGACGCUCGGCGUGCAGGUGCUCACGAUGGUCGGCAAGGCCCACAAUGCUUUCCACAUCAUGGACUUCCGCGCCGCAAAGCCCGGGUUGCCCGCCGUUGAGGGCACGAUCAAGCUCGACGCGGGCGUCGUUAACGCGUUCAUGCGCUCGCUGAUCCGCGUUCGCCGCCCCGACGUCGUGUACGUCCUGUGGGACCACAUGGAAGCCCUGUACGGCGUGCGCCCGGACGUCGAGACGCUGAACAAGCUGCUCGAGGCGGCGUACCUCGGUGCGAAGCUGGACGACACCUUCGCGGGCUUUAUCGCGAAUCUGAAGCUCAAAAACCCCUUCCACUGGCCCGCGGACCCUUCAGCCGAGGUGGCGCCCGGGAAGCGGCGGCAGGUGCUGGUCGAGCGGAUAAAGGCGGCAAUCGCGGACCGCAAGGCGCCCAAGGGGACGUGGAAUGAUGAGCCCGCGUGGCGCGUCACUCGGCGCAUCUUCCAGGAAGUCAUCCUGGGCAACUGGCCGCACCUGAACGACAUCGAGCCGCCCGCGCACGCGGUGCGCGUGUCGCCCGACGCGCUGAUUGAGUCGCCCGUGCUCGACCUCGCGCGGAACAUCCUCCGCGCGCGACGGCACAACGAUGACAACGCCCGCACCAACGCACCUCAGUCGCCUGCCUCCGACGCGCCCGUCAUGCUCGACGAGUUCGGGCCGUACCCGCAGAUCCUCCCCACCGACGCGACCUUCCGCGCGUACAUCGUGCUCUGCGGCGCGCACGCGCACGCGGGCGACAUCCCGCUCGCGCUCGCGUGGAUGCGCGCGCUGGCGAUCCCGCCGCGGAAGGCGACGCUCGCGCUCGCGCUCGCGUACUGGGGCGAGGUGAGCAUGAACGCGCCGCUCGUCGAGCGCGUGACGGGGCAGAACGAGUACCGGCGGCUGUGGGCGUGGAUGGGCGGGUGGGUGGGCGAGCGCGGGAUGCCGACGCGGGAGGACGUGGGGGAUGCGCUGAGGAUGCUGGCGCAAAUGAGGGAGGCGAGGGUGGGCUGAGGGGAUCUGUGUUCGGCGGGAUGCAUGCGAAGGCUGAGGUUGUCGUAUGGGAGGGGACGCCCGUUUUGUCGCGAGUCUUUUUCUCCCCGCACCUCAUGGUCCCCGGGUCCUUCGUCGCCUCUGGACUUGAGGCAUGAUGUACGGAUGUGCAUUGUGACCCGCUUAGUUAUACGUUGAUGGUGUUUGGGGUUCGGGUGCGCUAGGUAAUAAGGCUCGGGCGGAUCCAUAAUGCGAUGAGACGCGAUAUUGUAUGUACGCGAAUAACGGUGACUCAGUUGGCG